AUGUUUCUGUUACAACCGUCACCAUCAACAUUUGAUGUACCAUACGAAUGGUAUAUCAGAGAAAUUGCAUUCGGUGAGCAUUGUGCGUCAGUACCAUCGCAGGAUUUCUCGAUCUUGAGUCAGUUAUUGCAGUAUUCAGAUCAUGAUCAGAUACGUCUGCCGACUCGUUAUACAGACGAGGUAGAAGAAGAGCAACGUGCCAUCACCUAUCCACAAUAUCUACCGAUAACUGCAUCUCCAGGCGUAUUAGAAAGUUUGGAUGUUUCUGAAUGGCUUGUUUUAAGAGCUAAGGAUGCUUAUUCUAAACCGAAUGAGGUACGUGGUGGCCCAAAGGAUGCCUUAAUAGCAUACGCAACGCAGCAAGCUGGAUCACUGCUUUAUCAGGAAGCCUUUCUGACGACAUAUCGUACGAUUGCGUCUUCAUUAGAACUUUUUCAGAAGCUUGUUCGAAGAUAUGUGUAUAUGUGUAGAGGUGAGGAUCAUGCUUCAAUAAAGUCAGCACGACAAACAUUCUCGGUGAUCGUUCGAGUGGUCGAUGAGCUGUGUGCUGUGGAACUGAAACGAGAGCUGUUGAGGGCUGUCACUUCGUUUAUUUAUCGUUUGAUUCGUGACGGAAAUUAUACUUUUGCUCGUAUUUUGAGGAAACGUUUGAUGUAUCGUAUCGAGCAUAAAUCCGUGAUACGACGAUCGAUUUGGGACGAGGUGUCGGUUGGAGGAGCAGGCAACAAAGUGUUGAAAGCAUCGACCAUUUUCGAGUUCCGUUCGAGUUUGGUGGCGAAGCAGAUGACUUAUUUAGAUGCGGAUCUCUUCCAGAAAAUCGAGCCGGCAGAAAUGUUGUGGUGGGCAGAAGAACAAGACGAGAAAAAGAGUCCGAACUUGUGCGCAUUUACAGAGCACUUCAAUAAGGUGUCAUAUUGGGUGCGCACACUGGUGAUCCAACCGAGCGAACAGCGUUUACGUGAAAAAUACUUGAUGAAGUUCGUGAAGAUUAUGAAGCAAUUACGGACAAUGGGUAACUAUAAUUCAUACUUGGCAAUUCUAUCGGCGUUGGACUCAGGACCGAUCCGACGUUUGGACUGGACAAGGAAUGUUAUGGAGAUGCUCAAGGAACAUUCGACGAUUAUGGAUUCGUCGCAUUCCUUCAAGAAUUACCGAACUUUAUUGGCUGAAAGUCGACCACCUUGUUUGCCGUACAUGUGA